UAUUAUGAUUCAGAAGCAAAGGGAUCCAAAUUGCACAUAUCGAUUUGAGGGAUUAAAAGUGCAAAAUUUUCUAAAAGGGAAACUACUAGUACAAGGAUAAGAGUGACGACAAAAGGGAACUAAAUACUUUGAAUUUGAAUCGGCGGAGAAGCGACGAAAAGGAGAAAAAGAGAUCUUUCGAUUAUAGUGGACCGGAAAUGGUAAGAGGGGUGGGUUCGCAAAACCUGGCGGCGGAUGUGACACAGCUGAUCGAUCAGUUAGAGCGCCACUGCUUAGCCCCUGAUGGAUCUCUCAUCUCCAAAUCAGCUUACUUCGAUCUCCAACUCGCUAGAGAAGAAAUGUCAAAGGAGAGGCAGCGCUAUUUGGAAUCCUUAGCAAUAUAUAUUGAGGCGACCGCCAUGGUAGAAGAUUACCAGCAAGCCAUUUCUGUGGCCAAUCUCGGUGGUAUUCGAGAUGUGCAGGGUUUAUACUCUCAAUUGGGCCUGAAAAACCCUCCUCAGGUUUAUGAGGCUCUUGAGCAUAGGAUGGUUGUUGCGGAAGCAGCUCAGAGAUUGAGGCUUCCACUCAUCUCCAAAGACGGUGAGAUUCACGAGGAGGAAAUUGAAAAAUGGAGUAUACUGUCGAGAUGUUCUAUUGAUAGCACAAGCACCAGCAUCACAUUAAGCUCGAGCUCAAACUCAACUUAUCAAACCAAUGCAUCUGUAAUUGGAGCUGUUCCUGCAGCAAGCAGUGCUUCCACUACUAGUACAACUGAUGCAACAGAAUCAGAUGUUGGUGGUGUUCCCAAUCGAUUCCUUGGAGUUACGCCUGCAUAUUUAUGGCAAACUCAACUACAUCAGAUGUCAUCAGUGGAUGUGGCAGAAUACCAGAGAUUGCUUUCACGUGAGAUUGGAAGCCGGUUGGAUGCUAAAUGUGAUAAGUUAUCUAAUACAGUUGCUAUUGAUGACAUUGGUACGUUUAAAUUGCUUAUUUCUCUUCCUUCGUCUUCUCUUGGUCCUUCGCCUUUCUUUGUGUUUGUUGGUUGGUGGAUUUUUGUCUGUUUUUCUUUUAAACAACCCAGCAUUGAUACGUGUAUUCUUCGGGUAAAGUUGAUCAUUGAGGAGAUUGAAAGAGAGGAAACGGCAUGGCGUGAGGAUUUAUAUUCAUCUAACAGAAAAUUUGCAGAAUACUAUAAUGUUUUGGAGCAGAUCCUUGGUGUGCUCAUUAAGCUUGUCAAAGAUAUAAAGUUGGACCAUCAACAUAAAUAUGAUGAACUGCAAAAGACGUGGCUGUGCAAAAGAUGUGAGACAAUGAGGGCAAAAUUAAGAGUUCUGGAACAUAUUCUCCUACUCGAGACGUAUACCCCGGAAACUAUCCCUGCACUUCACAAAAUAAGGAAGUAUUUGAUUGAAGCAACAGAGGAAGCAUCGCUUGCAUAUGAGAAAGCGGCUGCCCGCCUUCGUGAGUAUCAGGGGGUUGACCCUCAUUUUGACGAAAUUGCUAGGCAGUACCAUGACAUUGUAAAGAAAUUAGAGAGUAUGCAGUGGACCAUCAACCAAGUUGAAAUGGACUUGAAUCCUUUGCCCGCUCACCCCCGUGCCUAAAGCAUCUCUCUCAGAUGAGUUCUCUGUAAAAGGUUCAUGAAAAAUCUCUAGUGUAUUUUCAUAGGAGCAUAUGAAAGUCAUAUUUGCAUUUAUUAACUAUUGAUUAUCGGCAUAUAUGAUGUUCAAUAUUUUCCAUUUGCUGGUCGUUGAAAAUCUGCCAGUGCAAAGAACCUAAUUAGGAAGAGGUUUUCGUCAUUGCAAUCUUUUGAGCGGACUAUCAAUAGUUUUCUGGGUUUUAGUACCAUCCCUGAAGUGUGAACUUGCAAAAGGUGUACACUUUACACAUUGCUGAAGGAGCACGUAGAGCAGCUGACCUUACCAGUACGAGCACCAAAAAAAAAAGAGUUUAUUUGAUAUGAAGUUGAUAUUCCUCUUUUAUUUUACUAAAUUUAUUUGAGAUAGUUUCCAUUUUGAUAGUUAAAAUAAUUGUAUCUGAUGUCAUCUUUAUUAAUCGUUGGAAAGCGUUUACCAUUCAAAGUUUA